CGAGGAGGGGGAGGGUACAGGGGGAGCGGGAGAUCGAGAACCCUGCCCAGUCUCGGGAGCCAGCCUUGCCUGCAGUUUCCUGAACUAAGUGCUUCUGGCCACGCAGAGCAACCGCUUCUAAGGCCUGACUCUAGCAAUGGCUUUCGCAAAUCUGCGCAAAGUACUCAUCAGUGACAGCCUGGACCCCUGCUGCCGGGAGAUCCUGCAAGAUGGAGGGCUGCAGGUGGUGGAGAAGCAGAACUUGAGCAAGGAGGAGCUGAUAGCUGAACUCCAGGACUGUGAAGGCCUUAUCGUCCGGUCAGCUACUAAGGUCACUGCUGAUGUCAUCAACGCAGCAGAGAAGCUCCAGGUGGUGGGCAGGGCUGGUACAGGCGUGGACAAUGUGGAUCUGGAGGCUGCCACGAGGAAGGGCGUCCUAGUCAUGAACACCCCAAACGGAAACAGCCUCAGUGCUGCAGAGCUCACCUGUGGGAUGAUCAUGUGCCUGGCCAGGCAGAUUCCCCAGGCGGUGGCUUCGAUGAAAAAUGGCAAAUGGGACCGGAAGAAGUUCAUGGGAACAGAACUGAAUGGGAAGACACUGGGAAUUCUUGGCCUUGGCAGAAUCGGAAGAGAGGUGGCCACCCGAAUGCAGUCCUUUGGAAUGAAGAUUGUAGGCUAUGACCCCAUCAUCUCUCCUGAAGUCGCGGCCUCCUUCGGUGUUCAGCAGUUGCCGCUGGAGGAGAUCUGGCCUCUCUGUGACUUCAUCACUGUCCAUACCCCACUCCUGCCCUCCACCACAGGCUUGCUGAAUGACAGCACCUUUGCUCGGUGCAAGAAAGGCGUGCGAGUAGUGAACUGUGCUCGAGGAGGCAUCGUGGAUGAAGGUGCCCUGCUGCGUGCCCUGCAGUCUGGUCAGUGUGCUGGGGCUGCACUGGAUGUGUUUACAGAGGAGCCACCCCGGGACCGGGCUUUAGUGGACCACGAGAACGUCAUCAGCUGUCCCCACCUGGGUGCCAGCACUAAGGAAGCCCAGAGCCGCUGUGGGGAGGAAAUCGCGGUGCAGUUUGUGGACAUGGUGAAGGGGAACUCUCUAACGGGGGUGGUGAAUGCCCAGGCCCUCACCAGCGCCUUCGCUCCACACACCAAGCCUUGGAUUGGUCUGGCAGAAGCACUGGGCACGCUGAUGCACGCCUGGGCGGGCCCCCAUAAAGGGACCCUCCAGGUGGUUACACAAGGAACAUCUCUGAAGAAUGCUGGGACCUGCCUGAGCCCUGCAGUCAUUGUCGGCCUUCUGAGAGAAGCCUCCAAUCAGGCAGACGUGAACUUGGUGAACGCUAAACUACUGGUGAAAGAGGCUGGCCUCAAUGUCACCACCUGCCACAUCCCUGGGAUCUCAAGUGAGCAGGGCAGCGGGGAUUGCCUCCUGACUGUGGCCCUGACAGGUGCCCCCUACCAGGUUGUGGGCCUGGUCCAGGGCACCACACCAAUGCUGCAGGUGCUCAACGGAGCCAUCUUCAGACCAGAGGUGCCGCUACACAGGGGCCAACCCCUGCUCAUGUUUCGGGCUCAGCCCUCCAACCCUGUGAUGCUGCCCACGAUGAUCGGCCUCCUGGCAGAGGCGGGUGUACAGCUGCUGUCCUACCAAACCUCCAUGGUGUCUGACGGAGAGCCCUGGCACGUCAUGGGCCUCUCCUCCCUGCUGCCCAGCCUGGAAGCAUGGAAGGAGCAUGUAUUGGAGGUUUUCCAGUUCUGCUUCUAACCCUGGGGCUCAGCACUCUCAGCCCCACAGGCUGUUCUGAAGAAACCCGCUCACUGUGACCUGAAGGGAGAGGGGAUGGCAGAACCAGGGCAUCUGCCUGAACUAAUAACUAGUAAAGAAUCUUAACUCCA